AUGGCAUUGCUUACUCUCUGUGCUGCCUUCUUCCUGUUCUUUGUCCCCUCACUCGUUGUUGGUCAGGCCUCUCUUAAUUCCACCGCAAUUCCACUUCCUGUUCCGGAAGGACCCUAUUAUGAGCCAUAUCUCAGGGAAGAUUGUGCUAACAUUGGAGAAAUCAACUACAUGCCAGCUGCCGUGGUAGAGUGGUUCAAUGAGAACGAUCUCCCAAGCCCUGAUUUGACAUCAUUCUCUCAACUCAGAUUUUCCGAUAUUUGCCUUGAAGCACCAACCACCAAGCCUGAUACGCUUCUUCUCAUCUGGACUGGUGGUUUCUAUACCAGCCGUCUCCAUGCGUACGCCGGCGGAGCCUCAACUUACGCGACUAGCGCGUAUCUUCAAAGCAUCCGUGUCAAAGACAUUGAGUUCGUCACAGGUGUAUUUUCGGAAACUUCUGAGGUUAUUGGUCUAUACGGACAUUCCUUGGGAGCCUCAUCUCAGACCGCUGUAUUGCAAGCAGACACAACGGGCAAAUAUGUGGCAGGUUACAACUUGGACGGUAAAUUGCAACCCCCUGUUAAGCCAACUGGACUCGAUCAAAAAAUUUACAUGUUCUUUGCACAUGAUAAUCACAUUAUUGGCAGUGACCCAUCAUGGACUGCAUUCUGGAACACGGCGGAUGUUUUGACUCCAAACGAUGAUAGGGUAUCUCCUGAACUCCCUAAGACAAUUCAUAACUCAUUCACUGAUCUACCAUUCAUUAUCGAUGUGGCUGGCGUUCGAUCAGUCAAUGAAUCUUACUUCGAGACACUCAUUGAUACUAUUUAUGGACCCCGCGAUAUUCACGAUAUUACCUCAUAUGUUCGUGAGUUCUUCGAUGGGACACUUAAAGGUGUCGAGACGCAUCCAUUUUUAGAUGCGUCGAAUAGCUCUUUGCCAGAUGUUCUUUUCGUUCGAAAGGCUGGUUAUUAG